GCCAAACACCACCUACACACGCGAUCCGCUUUCGCAGCAAAAGCCGAUCCGACUCCCAAUCGAUUUUCACGCACGCGCAGUGUGACCUAGAUGGUUCAGCAGACAUUGUCUCGACGGGUCUGGGUGUAGACUUUGCUCGAUUCUCAACACCCAUAUUGGGGUGCUGUGAUUUCAUAUUACCUUCAUUCAUAUGUCGUGACUAACUAAAGGACUUAUUUCGACAUUUAAGAUUCUUUGAACAAUGGCUGAGGCAGGUACUCAAACAGAUCUGGCAUCUGAAGAAGAUAGUGUGGAAAAUGGUCAGGCAUCAUCCACAGCUUCUGAGUCAGAGUCUGGUACUGGGGAAAGCCAAAGUCAAGAUUCCGAUAACCCGGCCUUUCCUCUUGCCGCGGGACAAGACACACCAUUCAACUACCUUCAAGACCUCAAGAGACGGAAGAUGAAGAUGAAGAAACAAAUGACCCCAGCAAUGAAAACCAGCAAACUACUUGGGCUGAUUCGGUUGCAGUCCAAGCACACUGGGCAAUCCCCCUCACCUAAUCCCACCAUCUCUGAAUCAUCAAAUACAGAGCCACCUUUCUUUGGUGAUGAACAUUCAGGUAUGAAUGUGUUUGGAGAAGGGGAAACCCCUUCUGAGCAGGGACACUUGAAUACUGGGAAGCUGGAAUUUGCAGCUAUGCCAGGAUACAAUCCGGAAGAAACUCCUGUUGCACCCAACAGUGAAACUCCAUAUCAGUGUCGACUGUGUCCAGUAGCUUUUGCAACACCUUUGUCCCUGAGAGGUCACAUGUCCAGCCACAGACUUCCAAAAAAGUUUGUAUGUCCUAUCUGUGCUAAGUCCUUUGCUCAUUCUAGCACACUCAACUACCACGUUCGCAAGCACAAAGGAGACCUGAGAUACAAGUGUGACCAAUGUGACAAAAGAUUCCUCAAACCCUUCAGGCUGAAAGCUCACAUCUUGUCCAUGCAUUCUUCAGAGAAGCCUUUUGCAUGUAGGUACUGUGAAAAGUCAUUCAGCUCCAAUAUGAAUUUGAACAGACACACUAGGGUGCACACAGGGGAAAAGCCAUUUCUCUGUCUCCUCUGUGGCAAAAGAUUCAGAGAUAACUCGUCUUUUUCAAUGCACCGAAAAUACCACACUGAAAACAAACUUUUUGAAUGUGAUCUAUGUGGUAAAACAUUUGUCAAAAUGGGUCUGCUUCGAACACACAAAAAAUGUGUACAUGUAGUUGACAAAAUACAUGAAUGUUUUUUGUGCAACAAAGCAUUCAAAGCUAGGGAUUACCUCCGAAAACAUCUGAUGGUCCAUCAGACAAACAAGCGGUUUAAAUGUGACUUUUGUGAGUCAUCCUUCUCAAGAGCUGGAGCGCUGAAGAAACACAGAUAUCUGCACACUGGGGAAGAACCUUUCAAGUGUGAUGUAUGCUUGAAGGGAUUCCGGGAUAUCUACACCCUCACCAAACACAAACGCCUACAUGAGAGGAAAGUUGAAAGUAAUCCUCCACUGUCAGUGGAUGAAGUAAAUGAGAAGAAGGCACAGUUGUAUGAAUGUGAUCAAUGUAACCGGAAAUAUUCACUUUCAGGUUCAUUAAAAAUCCACAAACAGAAAUAUUGUAAAGGGGAAAUUGAAGUGAAAACUGAAGAGUUGAAUCUGUUUUGUACUGGAUGUGGAAUGCUCUUUCACCACAAGCAGUCACUUGCAAAACAUAUGAGGAAGACAUGUGAAGCUAUAGUUAGGAAGAAGGACAAGGUGUUUCUCUGCAGUACUUGUGGCCUGGUAUUCUUCUCCAAGGUGAUGCUGAAUGAUCACCUGAGAACCACAACAUGCUCUGGUAACACAAGCCCGGAAAACUACAAGUGUGGGGUGUGUGGUGCUGAAUUUUCUCACAGGGCAACACUAUCCAAACACAAGAAAUUGCAUGGAGAUAUGUUGCCGGAUGUUGCUGAUGGUGAUCCUACUGAGGGUGACAAUGUUGAUGAAGAUUCUUCAAAGAUGUCUUUUCCAGUUGAUGAGAAUGGCAAGAGGCUGUAUGAGUGCAAAUAUUGUAAAGAGACCUUUAGAAGCAAAAGUGCACUCUAUGAUACACACAUGAGAAAGUGUCAUGAUCGUCCAGCCUUGGAAAAGAAGAAUGAAUGCGAGUUUUGUAGUCGGAAGUUCCACAGUAAGUCUGAUCUUAGGGCUCAUAUACGUAUUCAUACAGGGGAAAAGCCAUUCACUUGUGGAAUUUGUGGAAAGUCCUUCACUCAGAGAGGACAUGUAUCCAUGCACAUCAAGAUACACACUGGACAGAGGGACUUUCCAUGCACAAUAUGCGGGAAGGCUUUUCAGUUUGCGACAACCCUCCGUAACCAUGUCAAGUUGCACACUGGUGAAAGGCCUCAUGUCUGCCAUCUCUGCGGAAAAGGCUUUAUCAAAAGUAACAACUUGAAGAAUCAUAUCAAAAUGCAUGAGAAAAAGGAGAAAGAGAUGGAGGAAAAUGCAAAUAAGCAUCCUGAAGAAUUUAUUCCUGCAGAUCCAAACGAUUGCACCAUUUCGUUUUCUCCACUGAAGAAAACUCCAUCAGGGAAACUAUUAGCUCAGGCAAGAGGAAACCCAUCUUCUUCUAGGACCCGUACAUCAAAUCGAACAUCAAAGGGUUCUGGCAUGAAAAAGCUUAUUGAGGAAGAGAUGACCCCUGUUGAAGAGAUGGGGGAAGAGUUGCCUUUGAUCAAAAAGGAACCUGUUGAAAGUGAUGAUCAAAUGACAGAUGAGUUUGGAGAGACCAGAGAGAAUGACCAGGAACAGGACAACGAAGGAUCAAAUUCUGAAGAGCUUGUUGCUGUGGAUCUGAAAUGUCCCUUUUGUGGCAGAAUAUGUUCAACACCAUAUGCUCUAGCAACUCACAUUAAAUGUCACACUGGGGCAAGGCCAUUCAUGUGUCAAGAUUGUGGCAAGUCUUUUCUGCAGGCAUCUCAUCUUAGAAGUCAUAUGCAGAUCCAUGGCAAGAGAGAGCAAAACUUCCGGUGCAUUGUCUGCCUGGAAGAAUUUGCCACAUCCAAACUUUUACACUCUCACAUGAAGUUGCAUAAAGGUGAGAGACCCUAUGGCUGUUAUUUCUGUGACAAAGCUUAUGGCACAUCUCAGCACUUAAGAAGACAUGUCAGAAGUUCUCACCCAAAAGAAAUGGAUAUUGACAUGAAUGUCUUAUUGAUGCCUACCUCUACAUUAAAUGAUGGUCGUGCAGUGGAAGCAGAAAGAGAUAACACUGGGAGGCGCGUUUACAGGUGUUACUUCUGUGAAAAGUUCUAUUUUCUUGAUAGACAUUUGAGAAGACAUGUUCAAACGAGUCAUCCUGAAAGAGAUCCCAAAAAUUUAUAUUUUCUCAGACCACCCACAUCAGAUGCAGGCGAAUCGGAGUCUGAUAGUGUCAGCAUUAAAACUGAAAGUAUGUGGGACCCCGACACCUCCAAUGAUUAUAGUGCAUCUGAAAUGACACCUAGCAAGGACACAGAAGACAAAGAUGGACAGAUGACAGCUGGCCACACAUCCAGUACUGAAGAUCCUGAUACUGAAACACCAGAGAACUUGCAAGAGAGGAUCUAUGUUCCCCCCCAGAUACAGCAGACCAUGACCAGCCCUGUUGACUCAGAUGGUUCGGAGAAAGAUGUGUCGCGUGCUAGUUCCCCUGAUAAGAAUAUGCUCACUGAAAAUAAUGGGAAAGAUGAAGAUUUUAUUGUAGAAGUAAAGCAGGAACCAGUUGAUGACGAUUAUGAGAACUGAAUCUUCUUAACGUGAUGAUGUUGCAAAAGAAGGUGUAUGACUGAAAAGAUAUCCAACAAACAAUGGAUGAUGUUGACCCUGAGGAAGUUCAGUUUGAAGUAGUAAUUAUCUCCCCUUGACCAUAUGAUUUCAAGUGUCAGGUUGCAAUCAUAAUGAAAUGAAAAAUAUUCUGUCAUCAAAAUUUUGUUGUUUAAUAUUCACAUGCUUCAUUUUGAAAGUCUGUUUUGAGGGACGUAUACUUUGUACAUGAUUAUAGACAUGAUUAUUUUAAAGGUUUUUGGUUACCUUAUUGCUUAUCUACUUCUUUUCAAAACUGUUUCAUUGUAAGUUUCAAAAUCAUAUUUUUUUAACUAAAAAAAUUCCACAAGUUAAAGUUGGACUAGUAAUGUAAACUGUUGUCUUGGUUUAGUCUGGUACAUGUUGAUAUGCCCUCAAGAAUUCAGUAUUCAGUCAGCCAACAUUGGUCACAGUAGAAUAAUUCAUGUUGUAGGUUGUAAAAGAUUGUACUAAAUCAGUUGGAUUAGAGCCUAGAAUUCUGUGUAGUGUAAUCAUGGUAGAUGAUUGUGAAUCUUUGAUUGGAAACAUUUAUCUCCAAUAAUCUUGGUAAUCAUGUUCACAAAGUGGUAUAUUUAUGUUUUGUAAAUAAUUGACAUUUUACUGUAAUGCUGAGCUCUGAUGUCAGAUCAUGUCAUAAUAUCUGCAUAAUAUAUAACCUUCACCACUGGUUAUGUUUACCAAUAAACAAUUGCCAUGGUCAGUUAAUGUUUACUUUCUUGGGAUUGAUAAAUGACCUGUAUAGUCUGCACAGUAGCAAGGUACCACAUUAGUUGAAUUGUAUAUAAUCAUUACACUGUACUAGUAUGCACUGUAUUAUCUCCUGUUGUAAAGUAAUGUAAACUGUAUUUGUACUUGCCUGUUUUGGCAUGCUAGGUUAGUAGAUACAUAAUACUGACCACAUGUAAGAUGCUGCUUGCCGAUUUGCAGUAAUGAUUUCAUUAACUUCAUUUUGUCAUUGUUUUCAACAAGUAUUUGAUGGGCUGUAUGAUGUGUUGCUUUUUUGCAGAAUUAUUGUCAUGAACCAGCAAGUCUGGUAGAAAUGUCCACUAUGAUGGUACACAAGCUGGUACACACAUACUAUUGUCAUGAACCAGCAAGUCUGGUAGAAAUGUCCCUAUGAUGGUACACAAGCUGGUACACACAUACUAUUGUCAUGAACCAGCAAGUCUGGUAGAAAUGUCCACUAUGAUGGUACACAAGCUGGUACACACAUACCAUUGUCAUGAACCAGCAAGUCUGGUAGAAAUGUCCACUAUGAUGGUACACAAGCUGGUACACACAUACUAUUGUCAUGAACCAGCAAGUCUGCUAGAAAUGUCCACUAUGAUGGUACACAAGCUGGUACACACAUACUAUUGUCAUGAACCAGCAAGUCUGGUAUGUAAGGACUACAGUAAUGGCUGGAGAUAGUCUCACCUCAGUGUGGGCAGCCAAGCCAUGUUUGGGAGGCAGUACACUGUGUUGAGGAUUUAGCCAAGUAUUUAGUCCCUGUGGCAGGAUAGUGAUUCAACUUAACAUGACAUUUUGUUUUCCUCAAACAAAACAAUGAAAGUAAUUAUUCCUCAAUUGUAUGGAAGUGCAUGUUGUGCCACCAGCCUCUGGUUUGCCUGGCCCAAGUUGAUCAUUAACAGUUUUGAUAUUGCUUGAAGAUUGUUGAUAGCCAUUCACUCACUUAAGCGAUACAUUAUUGUUCAUAUUAUUACAAUGUGCAUUGAAACUCAUUUAUUGCCGUUCAUGCCAAUUAAUACACUUGCGGCAAGUGAUGUGUGAAGUUCUUGGAAAUGACUGUGUUCCUGGGGGAGGUAUCCUGUAAACAGCUGGGAAAACCCAACAGCAUGUGCCAUGUGUACUGCCAUGUUUGAUAGGCUUGUGUGUUUCUGACAUAUCUGGUUCUCCAUGUUGAUGUGUAAUCUGUUCGUGAUAUUUUGUUUAAAUGAUUUGUGCACUUUUGUCCAGCUACCAUGUCCUGUGUGUCCACUGAUCUAGCAUAUGUUGAACAGUUUGUCAAUACUCUUUGAUGAUGUAUGACCAUGCCUAAAAUUCUUGUGUGCAAUAUGAAAUAUGUUCUAUUGGAACUUGAAAUAGGUGUCAAAGUUGAGCAAAUUUGUUAACUGUCUUCUGUUAUCUGUUUGUUAGAUCUGCGUAUAUAUCAUGUAUAAAAUGUCAGCAUACAUCAACUCGAAACUGUUACUAUUUAUCUUAUAUGUUCGUAACUUAAUGUGUUUUUUGUGGUCUGCAUUUUCUGUUGUGAAAAAGAUCUAUAUUUUGCCAGGUAGUAUAUUAGUGAGACAUUGGUUCAAAAUGAAUUAAAGAACUGUUUUAUUUUGUUAUUUUGUAUAAUGCUAGGAUAUGACUGUCAUGUUUUUUUCAAGAAGAGUCAUUUACCAUACUUAGUAAGGGAUGUAUAUUUCCAAAAAAACAUUACAAAGUGACAUUAUUGCAAAAUUGGAAAAUAAUUUUGUCGGAUGUUAAAAUCUCUUAGAAUGUUGUAGCAAUUAUUUCAUGUUGUUGGAUACAGAUUUCCUAUCUUAUAGUAAGCUAGAACACAACUGACAGUGUGCCAUUAGUCUGAAGCCUGAGUCCAGUAAGAUUUCUUUCAGUCUGGUAAACUCAUUAUAGUCCAUGUAUUAACACUAUUUUGCCACAGACUGCACAGUGGAAAUGUUGCAGGUCCUGCAACACCUGGAGGGGUAUGUUGUUAUUUCUUUAAAAGUGCUUCAUUCUUUUCUUUGAAUGAACUGAUCUAGCUAGCACUGCAAGAUUGCAAUGGUGCAGUGCAUCAGUGAUGUAGUAGAUAGGCAAUGAUAACAGGCACUAAGGAACAAUUAUAUUAUUGGUAGUACAAAAUGAAAACCUACUCAAUAGUUCCAACUUGCUUUGACUCCAAGGCUUUAGAAACUGAACAAACUUGACCCCAGUAAUAUAUUUGUUGGUUAUCCUGUUAUGUGAGUAUAACAUCAUUAUAUCCUUUAUCUAACAUGACUAAGGAUGCCUGCUGGUUGGAUUUUAUUGGGACGAUGGAGCAGCCUAAUGGCUAAGGUGUGGGCUCGUCAUGCGGAAGGCUCAGAAUCGAUACAAUGUGCAAAGCCCAUUUUGGUACCCCCCACCAUCAUGAUGUUAGAAAAUGAUAAAAUAAAUCACUCACUGUAUUUAUGGUAUACAACAUUUUCAAAAAUCUUUUAAGGUGGUUGUGCAUCUUAAAAGUUCUUUGUCAGUGUUCAGUCUUCAUGUGGAAAUGUAUGUGGAAACAACACACUAUCUACACUUACAAUACACAUUAAGUCAUCAUCUAUCAAUGUUUAUAUUCAAUUUUACUUUUGUCAACUGUCUACAUGUGGUUUUAUUUGUUUUAGAAUUCUUUAUGUAAAUAUUUGUUACAAGUAUAUACUAGUAAUUCAUCAUUGUUCAUUGAUGAAUAUGUGAUGCAUCAUAACAUUACAGCAUGUAAUUUUAUUGAAAGAGCCAAGGCAGUCCUGAUUUGACAGUAACGACAUUUUUCAUUCUUUAAAUGAUAUGAAUUUAUUGAAAGUUGUGAUACAGUCAAACUCUGUUGAGUUGAAGUUGAAGGGACCUAUGUAAAUACUUCGAGUCAACCGAGGUUCCACACAACCGAAUAUGAUAACUAAAGAAGGAGUACGCGGGACCCAAGCCUUUACUUAGAGACAACCUAAGUUUGACACAACAGUGUUUGACUGUAUAUGGCAAAAAGAGUUGGUCAGAGAGUCCAGUCAGCAGGCAUCUGUAACAGCUUGGGCUUGUGAGUGUUCCACUGAACAUGGUUUACACAAUAUGCUUCCCAAUAUUUUCUGGUUUAGUUCAUCAGUUGUAGAUUACUUGGAAUUUCUUAUGUGUAUCUAAGAUGUACAUCCCAUAAUUUGUAUGUGUUUUUGCAUUAUGUUGACAAUUUUGCAUGCUUCAUAUUACUAAUGGUCUAUGUGUUUGCUGCUUUCAGCAAUGUAGAAUUUCUCAUGGUAAACUUGCAUUACAAUGUUACAUAUCGGCUUGCUAGUGACCUAAUAGCUCAGAUUAUGAUGACUUGUGUCAGUUUACUUUUGUAAAGUGUGUUUGAUUGUGCAGUGUCACUUGUUACCUUCCCUAUUAUGUUCUAUUCAGUUGCCUCUGAUCUCUACCAAUGUUACAUAGUGUAUUUAACAAAGACUGAAACUAAUGACUAAUACACCUGUAUCAGUUUAAUGUUACUGAGCAAUAAGAGCAAACACAUUGAAUUGCUAAUUAUCCUGAUGUUACUCUUUAGUCUACCAUGGCUUGACAGUUUACAUUGUAUGAUUUUGCGUAAUUCAGAACUCUGUAUCAAGUCGACACAUCUGAACAAGAUCCCAAAGCAUAAACCCACAGUAAUAAUUCAUGUGUAUCAAAUUGCCCAUGUCUGUGUUCAUACAUUCAAGAAUAAAAUCCUAUCUUUUUUGAA